AUGGAACCACAGGCUCGUAACUGUAAACGGCAAGUGCCCAUCCGUGGAAGGACGCUAGCCAAUCUAGGCCUUCUCAAAAAGGAACGCAUGACGAUCAAUCGCACGCCAUCCCACUGUCGCUCUCUGCGACUCGUUCGUCCGCCAUACUCUCUCGUCACCGAGAGGGCUAUUCUUUGUAAAGGACCGAGUCUUGCACUUGACAGCAUCAACUGCUCGAAGCACUGUGUAUUCCGUCUGGCCACACCUUCGGCGACAAUGAGGGUCAGAAUGACGAUAGAUUGCAUUUCGUUGCGUCCUAUGGAAAGUGACGGCUUUCAAGUCGUCACCGAAGUCGUCACUCACAAACUUAACCAUAUUCCUAUUUUCAAGGGUGACUUCGCUUCGUUGGCACCAAAAGUCCAGCGUUUCGUGGCCGAGAAGGCCGAGUUGAUGAAUCCGGCUGGUAUCUACAUCUGUGACGGUACUCAGAAGGAAUUCGACGAUAUCGUCGAUAAGCUCGUCGAGAGAGGUGUGCUGACACCACUCAAAGCCUACGAGAACAAGUCAGUAAGCAACGAA